AAUUUUGGGGAGUGAAAUUUUAAUGUGGGGCAGGAAAAUGAUAGAUGAAUCUUCUCAGUUAUAUAUGAAGAUGACUUAAGCGUCAACGCGUAGCUGGCCUUGACUUUCAUUACCUCAUUGAAUUACAGGGCAUUUAUCUUCAUAUACAUUCACACUCUUCUUAACAUAUUGUCAUAUUGAUAUUUUUGCCUCAAUAAACUCAGUCUGAAUCAAAGUCUUCCCAAAUUUGUCACUUCAGACAUACCGGCCAUGGAAAUUGUUGGUGCAGUGUUAAGCAUGAUGCAAUGUUUUUGUGGAGAGACCUGCUUGCAUCAAUCCGUUUCCGAAAAAUGUACAUAUCUGAGAAAACCUCAUGCAUUAGCAAAUAACCUUGAUAAAAAGAUGGAAUUGCUUAAAGCUCGGGAGGAGGAUGUUAAGAGGAAGUUGCAAGUGGAAAAAGUAUGGCGCGGAAUGGAGCCAAAGGCUGAGGUAAAUAUGUGGCUUACUAAUGUAGGAAAGAUCAAAAGUGCUGUAACUCGCUUGCAAGAAGAAAUUACUAAAAACAAGCGAUGUUUAAACGGAUGUUGUCCAAAUUAUAUGUCUCGAUUAAAGGUAGGGAAACACUUUGAUAAGAAAAUUAAAGAAGUCGACAGGCUCUUGGCGCAGAGCAUAUAUCCAGAUGCUUCAUUGGUUGAUAUGAUGCCUCAGAGAGGAAAGAUAUUACCAGAAACUUCAUUAGUGGGAGAAACUGCUCAAAGAAGUUUGGAAUUAGUAUGGAAGUAUUUGAAUGAUGGACACACUGGGAUAAUUGGUAUUUAUGGAAUGGGGGGAGUGGGUAAGACAUCCAUACUGGUAGCAAUCAAUAAUCGACUUUUGAGAGAGAGCGCAGUUUUUGAUAAUGUCAUUUGGGUCACGGCAUCCAAGGAUUCAAAUGUCCAAAAGUUACAAAAGGAUAUUGCUAGAGCUGUAGGUUUAUCUUUCGAUGAUGAAGACGAUGAAAUGGAAAGAGCAGCUCAAUUACUUGAAGCAUUGAUGCGAAGAAGAAGAUUUCUUUUAAUUAUAGAUGAUUUAUGGGAAGCAUUUUCUUUGGAGGUCGUAGGAAUUCCAUCCCCGGGUUAUGGACAUGACUGCAAGUUGAUAAUAACUACUAGAUCUAUGAUGGUUUGUCGUGGCAUGGAAACAAUGAGAGACGUCGAAGUUAGUGUUCUUUCUAAGGAAGAAGCAUGGGACCUCUUUAAACAAAAGGUCGGUGAUGAGGUGCUAGCAUCUCCAAGAUUACAAGCUGUUUCCAAGGAUGUCGCGAUGGAGUGUGGAGGUCUUCCACUAGCUCUUGUAACAGUUGGUCGGGCUUUAAGAAGAGAAAAUGAUACGAGGCAAUGGGAAAACGCAUUAAGCCAGCUGAAAAAUGCAAUGGGAAGAAUAGAAGGAAUGGAGAAUCGAGUCUUCACACGUCUGAGAUUUAGCUAUGAAAGACUGAAGGACAAUGUGACUCGGUCAUGUUUUCUUUAUUGUGCAUUGUACCCAGAGGAUCAUCAUAUUGAGACUGAAGAAUUGAUUAAAUACUGGAUAUGGGAAGGCAUGUUGGAUAAUCUCGGGUAUGGAGAAUCCAAGAUGCUGCAGGGAAAGAUGAUAUUAGACGAACUGAAAAACGCAUGCCUAUUAGAGAUUGGCUGUCAAGAAGGUAGUUUGAAUGAAUAUGUCAAAAUGCAUGACCUCAUUAGGGAUAUGGCAAUAGCUGUUACAAGAGUGAAUCCACUGUUUAUGAUCCGAGCAGGAAGUGGAAUUCGUGUUCCACCAGUUGAGAACGAAUGGCUCGUAGGCCUUGAAAGAAUCUCGUUAAUGAGAAAUGAUUUGGGCUCUUUGAGUUUUGAACCGAGAUGUCCUCAGCUAACUACAUUGCUUUUGCAGUAUAAUUCAUUGUCCAAGGGCAUACUUCCUUCUUUCUUUAACCAUCUAGGAAGUCUCAAAGUUCUGGACUUAUCUUACACAGGCAUCACUAGGUUGCCCGAUUCACUUUCUAAUCUGGAAAACCUCCACGCUCUGCUACUACGCAGUUGUUGGAACUUGCGUUCCGUUCCAACAAUGGAAAGGCUCAAGGAGCUGAGGAUUUUGGAUCUCUCUUCUACAUCAAUCGAGUGUACGCCACAGGGAAUGGAAAUGUUACUCAAUCUGAAGCAUCUGGAUCUCUCCUAUACUACUGUUGAUGGAUUUAAUAUUCGACUUUUAGGAACAUACAGGUUUUUGGAAGACCUCUUAACUAUUGGUUUAUGGCAACCUCUAAUGUUCGGUUUGGAUUUUGUUAAUGUUGUGGCAAGCUGCACCAGCUUGGCAAACCUUGAAGCCAAUUUCAGCACCUUGCACGACUUCAAUCGUUAUGUCUUGUCGGGUCACUGGAGCACGCUUGAGAGUUUCAAAUUUUGCAUAGGCUAUCCGCAGUCCUCUAAAUUACCUGGGAAAAAUAGUGUAGGGUUCUUCGGGAUUCACAUCGUUGAAAGGGAAGCCCCUUCUUGGUUGCCAACGAUACUUGAGUUGGCCGUUCAUGAAUGCUCUGGCAUCACUCACUUACCAAUGUUUAUUAUGAACGCCUCUUCCCACCUAAAACAUUGCAAAAUAAAGUAUUGUGACGAGAUGGAAUGGAUUAUAACUUCAGAGUGGGGCACAUUUCCCGAUUUAGAGUUGCUAGAGAUCGAGGGUCUGAGCAGACUGCAAAAUAUAUGCAAGGGGAUUCCACCAGCGGGCACUCUUUCAACACUUAAAGUGUUGAAUGUUAUUGCUUGUGAUAAUCUCACGAGUCUGCUGCCACUUGAGUUAGUGCGGCAACUCAACAACCUUGAAGAGAUUGAAUUGCGAAGUUGUCCAAUGCUGGAGGAGAUAGUUACAGAAGCAGAAAGUGAAGAGGUCAUUCAAGAGAACGACAGUGAAUUGGUCCUCCCAAGUUUGCAAAAAUUGAGAUUAGUUUCUAUACCAAGACUGAGAAGCAUAUGCAGAGGCCCGAUGAUUUGUGAUUCCUUAACAACUAUUGAAGUCAUAGAUUGCCCGGAGCUGGAAAUAAUUCCCUUCUUUCUAGAAAUAAGGCAGCAAUUAGUUGACUCUCUCAAACAGAUAAAAGGAAGCAGAAGGUGGUGGUGGACAUUAGAGCAGAACCACCCUAUUGCCAUGUCUCUCCUUGCUCCACUCUUUAAACCUGAAUCUGCUCCUAAUGAAGGCAUUAGGGUUGAUUCCAACACCAUAAACAGUUAUGGUGGCAGCUCGGGGAGUUCUUCUUUUGGGCCGCGAUAAUAUUCUUACUGGGGUUUAUUCCCAAUAAUCCAGGAGCGCGGAGCCAAUGAAAUCCAUAAAGUUCCUAAUUUAGAAGACGCGAUGUAGUAGAAUUCCUAAUUUGAACCCAUAAAGUUCAAAUCCUGGAUCCGCCUCUGACGUGGUCGGGUUGACCCUAUCCUGCGCACUGGAUGCCCCUGAAGUUGGGGCAGUAAUAGCCCAGCUCCCGCCUGAUGGUGCCCAGAGCUUUCCCGUUUGGGCGAUCAGCAGCAGCAUACAGAUAAAAGGAUACUGUUUUCAUUUGCACUGUUAAUGUGAAUGUGCUGAUCAUUUGUUAAAGUCAAGGCCAUUUUCAAGUGGCAAAAUUUGUACUGACAUUGAAUCAGGUAAAUAUCUAGCUCCAACUUCUUUAGCGAGAGCUUGUUUGUCGCAUGAUUCAAAUAUGUAGACUUUGCAACAUAGCAACAAUUGUACUUGUCCUUGCACAGUCGAAAGACGAAGAUUCUAACAUAUAUUCAAGCUAAUGUUGAGUUUUAUGGCUUUUUUA